CGUACAAGUCACUCGCUUGUUCCAACAUUUUCAAAACAAAAGAUAAUUUACGAAUUAUAAUAUUUCAUGAAAAUUUCAUGAAAAAAAAUAUUGUCAUUUCGAACAUCAUCAGUUUCAAAUGUUCCACCAUAAUUUUUGAUAAACAAUAUUCAACUGAACAAACACUUCGAGCCGAAGAAUGGAGAAGGAUAAAUUCGGCUUCGCAAUUGAUCGAGGUGGCACCUUUACCGACGUUUAUGCCAAAUGUCCCGGUGGUAAAAUUCGAGUUAUGAAACUACUCUCCGUGGAUCCAAGCAAUUAUGACGAUGCACCUCGAGAGGGUAUUCGUCGAAUCCUCGAACAGGAAACCGGCGAGCCAAUGGGAACUGAAGUGGACACGUCGAGAAUAGCGUGGAUUAGAAUGGGUACGACGGUAGCAACGAAUGCUUUGCUCGAACGAAAAGGAGCCAAAAUGGCACUGCUCAUAAACGAAGGUUUUAAAGAUCUACUGUUCAUUGGCAAUCAAGCACGACCGAAUAUCUUUGAUUUGGCGAUCGUAACCCCGGGGAUGUUGUACGACAAAGUGAUCGAAGUGAAGAGUCGAGUCGCCCCAGCCAUGCUUGGCUCGUGUAAAUUGGACACGAAAGCCUGGAAAAGGGUGAAAGGAACUACCGGGGAAGAUCUCCUCGUCAUCGAUGAACUUGACGAAGUAACUUUACGUAAAAACCUCCAAAAUCUUCGAGACGAAGGUUUCGAGAGUUUAGCUGUUGUUUUGGCGCACAGUUACGUAUUUCCGGAACACGAAAGCCGAGUUGGCGAAAUAGCUAAGGAAAUUGGUUUCGCACAAGUGUCGUUAUCGCACGAAGUUAUGCCCAUGAUGAGAAUAGUGCCAAGGGGUUUCACAGCUUGUGCAGACGCUUAUCUCACCCCGCACAUCAAACAAUACUUGCAAAGCUUUAAAUCCGGGUUCAAAAAUAAUCUGGAAGGAGUUAACGUUCUUUUCAUGCAGAGCGACGGAGGCUUGACGCCGAUGAGCUCAUUUAUUGGUUCUCGAGCAAUUCUUUCGGGACCCGCAGGUGGCGUAGUUGGCUACGCUAAAACAACUUACCAAAAGGAAACUACGUUGCCCAUAAUAGGUUUCGACAUGGGUGGUACUUCGACGGACGUGAGUCGUUACGACGGAAGUUACGAGCACGUUUACGAGAGCACCACCGCCGGAGUCACCAUACAAGCUGCUCAACUCGACAUAAAUACAGUAGCAGCUGGAGGAGGAUCCAUGCUGUUCUUUCGUUCGGGUCUUUUCGAAGUCGGACCCGAAAGUGCCGGUGCACAUCCGGGCCCAACGUGUUACAAAAAGGGGGGUCCCUUGACCGUCACCGAUGCAAACCUCGUCCUCGGUCGUCUCCUUCCUGAAUAUUUUCCUAAAAUAUUUGGACCCAAUGAAAACGAACCGCUGGAUAAAUCGAAAACGAUCGAAGCCUUCGAGAAAUUGGCUUCUCAGAUCAAUGACUUCCUGAUGACAUCCCACGGACACGAGAGUGAAAAAAUGACUUUGGAAGAAGUUGCUAUGGGUUUCGUUAAAGUUGCUAACGAAAGUAUGUGUCGUCCGAUUCGUGCUUUGACCCAGGCAAAAGGUUACAAUACUUCGAUGCACGUGUUAGCAUGCUUCGGAGGAGCUGGAGGACAGCACGCUUGUGCAAUAGCUCGAAGUUUGGGCAUGGGCACGGUCUUCGUCCACAAAUAUGCGGGUAUCCUUUCCGCCUAUGGCAUGGCACUUGCGGAUAUUGUUGAAGAAGCGCAAGAGCCAAGUGCUCAGGAAUAUGCGAAAGAAUCAUUUGAACAUAUUCGCGAGCGUUUUGGAGUGCUGGAAUCGAAAGUACGAGAAAAUUUAAAAAAACAUGGUUUUGCUAAUGAGCGAAUUGGGACCGAAUAUUUUUUGCAUCUUCGUUACCACGGGACGGAUUGUGCAUUGAUGUGCAGUCCAAAAAGAGACUCCGAGUACGACACAAUCGAAUCUUUGAAGUACGAAGAUUUUUUGACGACCUUCUUGGAAAGAUAUCGAACGGAGUUCGGUUUCACGAUGCCAGGACGUAAAAUUCUGGUCAACGACGUCCGGGUUCGUGGCACCGGGAAAAGCGAAAUUCCAGGAGAAAUUGAAAUGUCACAGGUCUCGGAGGAACCACGUGCUGAGAAGACGACUUUAGUGUACUUCGAAGGUGGAUACCAAAAAACCAAAGUAUUCAACAUGGCCACGUUGUCCCAUGGCCAAGUCGUUCGUGGACCAGCAAUAAUUAUGGACAGCUUGAGUACUCUGAUUAUCGAACCUGAUUGCACAGCAGCCAUAACUUCACGCGGAGACGUCAAAAUUGAGAUCGGAGAAGGAGUCAAAUCGAAAAUAACUACGGAGUUGGACGCCAUCCAAUUGAGUAUUUUUUCUCAUCGAUUUAUGAGCACAGCCGAACAAAUGGGAAGAAUUCUGCAAAGAACUUCCAUUUCUACAAACAUCAAAGAGCGUCUCGAUUUUUCGUGCGCCGUCUUCGGACCCGACGGUGGUUUGGUCUCGAAUGCUCCUCACAUUCCAGUCCAUCUCGGAGCUAUGCAGGAAACUGUACAGUAUCAAAUCAAAGCGUUUGAAGGAAACUUUGAACGUGGCGAUGUCAUUUUAGCUAAUCAUCCGUCCGCGGGGGGCUCCCACUUGCCGGAUUUGACAGUUAUUACUCCGGUAUUUCACAGCGAAAUUCCGAAGCCCGUUUUUUUCGUGGCGAGCCGUGGUCAUCAUGCAGAUAUCGGUGGAAUCACUCCCGGAUCGAUGCCUCCGCAUUCCACGUCUCUAAUGGAAGAAGGCGCCACUUUCAAGAGCUUCCUUCUAGUACACAAAGGUGUUUUCAUGGAAAGAGAAGUGACUGAAGCCUUAAUGGCUCCAGGAAAAAUCCCUGGGAGUUCAGGAACGAGGAAUCUGGCGGAUAAUCUGAGUGAUCUCAAAGCACAAAUUGCUGCUAAUCAAAAGGGCACUCAAUUAGUCAACGAACUCAUCAAUUAUUAUGGCCUCGAUGUGGUACAAGCUUACAUGCAACAUAUUCAGAACAAUGCAGAGUUGGCGGUUCGUGAAAUGCUCAAAUUUGUCGGAAAACAAACUUUAGAGAAGACCGGAAGUACGAGGGUCACUGCGAUGGAUUAUUUAGACGAUGGAAGUGUGAUAACGUUACGAUUGGACUUUGAUAUUGAGAAAGGCGAGGCGGUUUGUGAUUUCACCGGAACUGGAUACGAAGUUUGGGGUAAUUGCAAUGCGCCAAGGGCUGUUACGUUGUCGGCGAUUAUUUACUGUCUUCGUUGCAUCGUCGGUCGAGACGUGCCUUUGAAUCAGGGUUGUUUGAAGCCCGUCACAAUCAUAAUUCCAAAAGGCAGUUUGCUCGAUCCGUCAGAAACCGCUGCAGUCGUUGGUGGAAACGUGUUGACGUCUCAGCGCGUCGUCGACGUAGUUUUGGCCGCUUUUAACGCCUGUGCCGCAUCCCAGGGUUGCAUGAACAACGUUACACUUGGUACCGAUAAAUGGGGUUACUACGAAACAGUUGCAGGUGGAAGCGGAGCCGGACCCACGUGGCACGGUCGGGGUGGAGUUCACACGCAUAUGACAAACACGAGAAUCACCGACCUCGAAAUAUUAGAACAUCGUUAUCCUGUUAUUUUGAAAAGAUUCACCCUCCGUCCUGGGAGUGGUGGAGACGGUGCUUAUAGGGGUGGCGAUGGGGUGAUUCGUGAAAUACUGUUCCGGUGUCCGAUGACCUUGUCCGUGUUAACUGAAAGACGAUCGCACAAUCCUCCAGGACUAGAGGGUGGUCUACCAGGUACCAGAGGUAGAAACACUCUGAUCAGGGCUGAUGGAAGGAAAAUUAACUUGGGACCAAAGACCGCUGUCGCCGUUAAUCCUGGUGAUGCUUUUGUUCUGGAGAGUCCUGGAGGAGGAGGCUUCGGUUCCCCAGGAGGUACUAACGAAACCCCAGCGAAAGUAAGCAAAGCUUUUGUGGAACGUGGCAGCGUUUACGAGUACAGAAAAGCACAAGAGUCGGUUUAAAAUGCUUCGUUAAUUAUCAAGUUCGCACAAAAGCGCUACAGCGAUUUCGCUCAUGAAUGCAAUUGUUCGCCCACGCCGAACGCGCGCGUUACCUUCGAACAGCUCUGAAUGGUUUACUCUCAUGCACUUCUGUGCUUUUGUUAUUAUUUUUAUUGCGUCAUUAAAAUUUGUUGGCUUUACAACCCAAAGAAA